CGAGUCCGAGGCCAGGAGAUUCUUUCAGCAGAUUGUUUCUGCUGUCGAGCACUGCCACCAGCACCUCAUAUGCCACCGGGACUUGAAGCCUGAGAACGUCUUGCUGGACGAAAAUCUGAAUGUCAAAGUGGGCGACUUCGGCCUUUCAAACUUCAUGCGUGAUGGGGAGUUCUUGAAGACUUCUUGCGGCUCUCCGAAUUAUGCCUCUCCAGAAGUUGUUUCAGGCCGGGCCUACGCGGGCCCAGAGGUGGACGUGUGGUCCUUCGGCGUGAUUCUCUACGCGCUGCUUUGCGGGUCUCUUCCUUUCGACGACGAGCACGUGCCGAAUUUGUUCAAGAAGAUCAAACAUGGGAGUUUCACUCUCCCCGGCCACUUGAGCGGCUGGAGCCGCGACUUGCUGCUGCAAAUGCUGGCCGUAGACCCCAGCCGCCGCAUUCGCCUGGGGGCCAUCAAAAGCCACCCGUGGUUUCAGGAGCUGCCGCAGUAUUUGCUGCUGCUGCGGCCUGCUGCAGCAGCAGCAGCAGCACCGGAUGCCCUCGUCAUCAACCAAAUGGCCAAGCUGGGGUACGACGUGAGCGACCCUUCGGUGUUUCGAAGAGGCCUCGUGGGGUUUCCGAGAAGCCGCGAGGCUGUGGCUUAUCAGCUGCUGUCGGACCGCCGCCGCAAGCAGAUUGCGCUUUCUGGAGCUGUGGCGGAAGAGCUGCCCACUUUCCCCUUCAGCGUGGUGCAGCGCCUCAGCCUCCGCUGCUGCGGGGGGGCCCCUUCUCGUGCUGCUGCUGCUUCGCUGCUGUCGCUGCAGCAGCAGCUGGGGGGGCAGCUGCUGGGCAGCAGCAGCAGCAGCAGCAGCGGCGGCAGCAGCAGCGGCUGCGGCGCGCGGGGCGGCGGGGCGGCCGCCUCCCCCGCUGCAGCAGCAGCAGCUGCUGCUGCUGCUGCUGCUGCUGCUGCUGGGGAUCGAUCCCCAGAAUGUCGAUCCCCAGGAAAUGGAGCUGCUUGGUCUUCUGCCCGUUGGAAGUUGGGAAUAGAAGCUGCUUUCGACGCCCCCAUUCUCAUCACUGCCAUUUUGAACACCCUGAAGGCCUGCGACUACGAGUGGCACCUCCUUUCCCAGUACAAGCUUCGCUGCCGGCCGCUGCGGCCGACUCCGGAGGUUUCUCCAGAGGCCCCUUCCAGCAGCAGCAGCAGCAGCAGCAGCAGCAGCAGCAGCAGCAGCUGCUGCAGCAGCAGCAGCAAGACCAACGUGGAGUUCGCCUGCGACAGCGAAGACAUCAUUCUGGCCAUUCAGCUUUAUAAAGUUGGCAGCUGCAGAUACGUCAUUGACGUGCAGCUCUUCGAGGGAAACGCCAUGGUUUGCAUAUCUGAGGCGCUGUGGAUAACAUCAGCAAUUUAUUCUGCGCUGACGCAGCUGCAGCGGCAGCAGCAGCGCUGCCGGCUGCAUGCGCCGACCCCCCCGCAGCAGCAGCAGCAGCAGCAGCAGCAGCAGCAGCAGCAGCAGUCGACGCCCCCCUUCCUGCUGCCCACCUGCAGCAGCAGCAGCAGCAGCAGCCGCAGCAGAGGCGCUGCUGCUGCUGUUCCUGGCUGCCGCAGCAGCAGCGCAGCAGAGGCGCUGCUGCUGCUGUUCCUGGCUGCCGCAGCAGCGCCAGAAGCCGCUGCCGCUGCAGCAGCAAGGGUGGUGCUUCUGCAGCAGGACAAAAGUGCUGCUGCUGCUGCUGCAACAAAAACGCAGCAGCAGCAGCGACAGCAGCAUAAAUACAGCAGCAGCAGCAGCAGCAACAGCAGCAAAACAGCAGCAGCGGCAGCAGCCAAGUUGCUGUAG